AUGCAGCGGCCCGGGGAGCCCAGCGCUGUGCGCUUCGGCCCGCCUGAGGGUUGUGGCGACCACCGGCCGCACCGCUACCGCAGCUUCAUGAUCGAGGAGAUCCUCACGGAGCCGCCCGGGCCCAAGGGCGCCGCGCCUGCCGCCGCCGCCGCUGCGGGCGAAUUGCUCAAGUUCGGCGUGCAGGCGCUGCUAGCGGCGCGGCCCUUCCACAGCCACCUGGCGGUGCUGAAGGCCGAGCAGGCAGCUGUAUUUAAGUUCCCGCUGGCGCCACUCGGCUGUUCUGGGCUAGGCUCGGCGCUGUUGGCCACGGGGCCUGGGCUGCCUGGAGGCGCGGGUGGCGCGCACCUGCCUCUGGAGCUACAGCUACGCGGGAAGUUGGAGGCCGCAGGCCCCGGGGAGCCAGGCACAAAGGCCAAGAAGGGACGCCGGAGCCGCACUGUGUUCACCGAGCUGCAGCUGAUGGGCCUGGAGAAACGCUUUGAGAAGCAGAAGUAUCUCUCCACGCCGGACAGAAUAGAUCUCGCUGAGUCCCUUGGCCUAAGCCAGUUGCAGGUGAAGACUUGGUAUCAGAAUCGGAGGAUGAAGUGGAAGAAAAUAGUGCUACAGGGCGGCGGCCUGGAGUCCCCUACCAAGCCUAAGGGACGGCCUAAGAAGAACUCCAUCCCCACGAGCGAGCAACUCACCGAGCAGGAGCGCACCAAGGAGGCAGAGAAGCUGGCGGAGGUGCCGGGCGAGCCCAGUGACCCAAGCAACGAGGACUGAGCUUGGGCAGAGGGUGGGAAGCCUGGGACCCCGCACCGCAGCCCCCUCAGCCCGCCGCGGGACCCCACGAGCCGGCCCUUCUGUGUCCACGCCGUUUGCCUUCCAAAUAUUUUAUUAUUACUCUGAAUGCGGACAGUUAGGGGCCCAACAGGGAAGGACACAGACCCAGAAGCCAAAUCCAGGCCCCAAGCCCGCACCUGGUCCUAACCUGGGAGAGUCGCGGCAGAAGGCAGAAGUCACAGUCUUUCCCUGAGCUCUGCGGCGCCGGCGCCCCACGUGCAUUCACGCCCAGCUCCUCGCCCACACCCUGCCCAGCCUCCGCUGCCCUCGCCCUCGCCGUUGGGUGGACGCAGCCAGGCAUACAUCCGCUUCCUCGAGUGCGCAGGCCAGGGACCCAGCAGCCGGGAGCAGGCCACCAGCAGGAUAACCGGGCUGCUUGGCCCGAGGCUGUGUCCCCGACGUCUCUGGGGCUCCUACCCCCUUCUUGCGAAGGUGGUGACUUUUUUCCAAUAAAAUAUUU